UGGGUUGAAGUUAAAACACGGAGGUAUAUUCAUGACGGAGAAGCAUGGGUACCCGGGUUGCUGCACGUCAGCUUCUCAGGUGGACCGUGAGAAAAGCCUCCUCCUCCUCCUCUGCGUUCAGAUCCCUCUUCCAGCCUCGGUACAUCAGGUGCAGCUUGUUGUGUUCCUCCACCAGCCAGAGCCCUCUGCAGUCAGCCCAACGCAGCCAUGAACUCAGUCCUCCGCCUGGAGAGCCAGCCACAGAGCUGUCCCUCCACUCUUUGCUUGAUAUGGGAUUCACAGACACCCAGGCACAGCAGAUGUAUGACACCCUGUCCAAAGUCACGCAAAGAAGUGCAGCCAAACAUGCUCUGUCGACUCUCACAGCUCUGCUUGUCUUGGGCCUCAAUCCUUCCACUGUGUUGAAACUGCUGGAGAAAUGUCCUGAACUUUAUACUGUCAAGGAAUCGCAGCUUCAGCAGCGCAUAGGCAACCUGCGGAAACUAGGUUUGGGCGAAGGUAGUCUUCAGAGACUGGUGGCCUAUUACCCUCCGCUCCUGACUGUGCCUGUGAAGACGGUAAAACAUGUGGUGGUGUUCCUCAGAGAGAAGUGCCUGUUCACCAUCCAGCAGGUCACAGACAUCCUCAGAGAUAGUCCGGCUAUAGUAGUGGAAAACUUGGAUCAUCUGGAAUACAAAUUUCAGUACGUCUACUUCCGAAUGGGUGUCAAACAGGCGGAGAUGGUGAAGUCCAGGUUGUUUCGUUUCACUCUGGACGAGGUGCGUCAUCGACACUGUUUUCUAGAGCGCAGGGGCCUGUAUCAAACCCCGGACAAGAAAGGACAGACGACCAUCAUCAACCCCAAACUGGAUAGCGUCCUUAGCGUCGACCAGGACACCUUCCUCGCACAUGUUGCCAUGGCGUCAUCGGAGGAGUAUGAUGUAUUUAAGAGACUGAUGGCAAGAGAAUGGCAGGAAGAGGAGCUGCGGCGGGGCAGCAUUGAAGCUGAUGGUGACGAUGAUGUGGAGGAGGAGGAUGAAGAAGAUGAAGAGACUGGAGGAAAAAGUGGAUACAGGAAGAGGAGAAAGAAGUGACAUUGGAGAAGAGACUGAGAGCUCAUUAAAAGAAGAAUUUGCAUGAUGACACAAAAUGACGUCUGAUGAUCAAUAAAAUGUUUCCUUUUAACAUUG